CGAAACUUGUCCACAUGUUUGCCAAUAGAAUGUGUUUAUUCUGAUGACAUGAGAGAGUUUGUCUAUACGUUUUGUUUGGGUACUUGAAAAUGUAUAUGUGGAGAUACCUUGUGGUAUGUAAUCAUGGGCCACAAAGGCCUCGACAAGAUCAUUGCCCUACAGAAAAAUCCUGCUAACAUCAGAAACCUCUGUAUUCUGGCACAUGUUGACCAUGGUAAAACCACCCUAGCGGAUUGCUUGGUGGCCAGCAACGGCAUUAUAUCAAGUCGCCUUGCUGGGAAGUUGAGGUACCUAGACAGCAGGGAAGAUGAACAGCUCAGAGGAAUAACCAUGAAAUCCAGUGCCAUAUCUCUGCACUAUGCGUUCGGCGAGAAGGAGUACUUGUUGAACCUAAUCGACUCACCCGGUCAUGUGGACUUCUCCUCGGAGGUGUCCACUGCCGUGCGUCUGUGCGAUGGAGCCAUCGUCAUCGUGGAUGCAGUGGAGGGAGUCUGUCCACAGACCCAGGCGGUGCUGCGGCAGGCCUGGCUGGAAAACAUCCGACCCGUCCUGGUCCUCAACAAGAUGGACCGGCUCAUCUCUGAGCUGAAGCUCACCUCUCUCGAAGCCUUCACACACCUGCAGAAGAUCCUGGAACAGGUGAAUGCUGUGACAGGCGCACUGUUCACAUCCAAAGUUCUGGAGGAGCGGGCCGAGAAGGAGGAGCAGAAGGAGAAGAAGGAGCAGAGGGAGAGGGACUCCUCUGGGAGCCAGGCGGGGGAGAGCCAGGCGGCGGAGACCCCGGGGGCGGACCAGGUGUACGACUGGAGCGCUGGGCUGGAGGAGACGGACGACUCCCACCUCUACUUCUCCCCGGACCAGGGCAACGUGGUGUUCGCCAGUGCCAUCGAUGGCUGGGGAUUCAGCAUUCAGCAGUUUGCCCGCAUCUACAGCCAGAAGAUGGGUAUUAGGGAGGAGGUGCUGUGUAAGACCCUGUGGGGGGAUUUCUUUCUCAACGCCAAAGCCAAGAAGAUCAUGAAGGGGGCUCAGGCCAAAGGGAAGAAGCCUCUCUUUGUGCAGCUCGUCCUGGAUAACAUUUGGACGUUAUAUGAUGCUGUCGUCACCAAAAGGGACAAGGAGAAGGUGGAGAAGAUGAUGACCUCGCUAGGGGUAAAGGUCAUGGCCAGGGACUCCCGUCACUCAGACCCGAAGGUCCUGCUCUCCGCCAUCUGUAGCCAAUGGCUGCCCAUCUCACAGGCUGUUCUCUCCAUGGUGUGUGAGAAGCUGCCGAGUCCUUUGGACAUCUCCACAGAGAGGGUGGAGAGGCUUAUGUCUGUUGGGGCGCGCCAGUUCGACUCCCUGCCAGAACGGACGCAGGAGUUAAAAAAUGCCUUUGUCCAGUGCUCCAGUGCGGCCGAGGCGCCCGUCAUCGUAUUUGUGUCCAAGAUGUUCGCCGUAGACGCCAAGGCCUUGCCCCAGAACAAGCAAAGGCCCUUGACCCACGAAGAGCUCGCAGAGCGCAGGGAACAGGCUCGGCAGAGACACGCCGACAGGAUGGCAGCCAAUCAGCAGGCACAGAGCUCUGCUGGCUCCGCCCAGUUGUCAAGCGACACACAAUCAACCCAACCAGCUGUUACCAAAAUACCAGGAGGGGAGGGCGACCCGAUCCAGAUGGAGAGCCUGGCGGCAGUGAAGGAGCCCGAGGUGGAGGAGGUGGCCAAGGACACGUUUGUGGCCUUCGCCAGGGUCUACAGCGGGGUGGUCCGGAGGGGCCAGAAGGUCUUCAUCCUGGGUCCCAAGUACGACCCUGCGCAGGGUCUGAACAUGCUGCCAGAGGGCUGCAUGGCCUCAGACUCGGUACCGGAGGUGCCCCACCUCACCUGCUGCACCUUGGACAGCCUCUACCUGCUCAUGGGCCGGGAACUGGAGGAGCUGGACGAGGUGCCCUCUGGAAACGUCCUGGGUAUCGGGGGUCUGGAAGACUUUGUGCUGAAGUCGGCCACCAUCUCCACCUCACCUGCCUGCCCCCCCUUCAUACCACUCAACUUUGAGGCCACACCCAUCGUACGAGUGGCCAUCGAACCCAAACACCCAAGCGAGAUGCCCAAGCUGGUGCGGGGCAUGCGCCUGCUGAACCAGGCCGACCCUUGUGCCGAGGUCCUGAUCCAGGAGACCGGAGAGCAUGUCCUGGUCACGGCGGGCGAGGUCCACCUGCAGCGAUGCCUGGACGACCUCCGACAGAGGUUUGCCAAAAUUGAAAUCACAGCUUCCAAGCCCAUAAUCCCGUUCAGGGAGACUGUGGUGCGGCCCCCCAAGUUAGACAUGGUCAAUGAAGAGCUGGGCAGACAGCAAAAGACGGCUAUCAUCCACCAGGUGAAGGAAGAGGCGCCACAGAGCCGUUUCUCCGACACGCUCCACGUGGACCCGGGGGGUCUAGUGACCAUCACCACCCCCAACAGACUGGCCACCGUGGGGGUCUGCGCCCUCCCCCUGCCCACGGAGGUGACCUGCUUGCUGGAGGCCAGCUCGGAGCUGGUGCGGACCCUGGAGCAGGUCAACAUGUCCCUGAGAGAGGGCAGGAGUCUUACGGUCAGCCCCCGCACCCUGGAGGACAUCGCCCACCUCAAGGCCCGCCUGGCAGCCCUGCUGCAGGGCCACAAGUGGAAGAACGCGGUGGAGCACAUCUGGGCCUUCGGGCCACGCAGGUACGGCCCCAACAUCCUGCUCAAUAGCGUGGAGGGCUACCAGAGGCCGUCCGUGUGGCAGUGCCUGGACCCCGCCGAGAAAGGGGCGGAGCCUUGCGCCGCGGCCCUCCGGGACCUGGACAACAGCAUCGUCAGCGGCUUCCAGCUGGCCACCCUCUCGGGGCCCAUGUGCGAGGAGCCCCUGAUGGGCGUGUGCUUCUCCGUGGAGAGGUGGGACCUCCAGCAGACCCGGGCCCGGCCGGAGCCCCCGUCCCGGGCAGCCGCUCCCGACUCUGAAGGGGCGGAGGCGGGGGAGGUGGUUCCGGAGGACGGCGGUGCCGGCCUGGAGGCGGCGGCGGCGGCCACCCCGGAGGAGGAGGCGGGCCCCGGUCAGGUCACCCGGCACUGGGCGGGGGCCGGGUCGGCCGGCUGCUACGGGCCGGUGUCGGGCCAGCUCAUCGCCGUCAUGAAGGAGGCGUGUCGCCACGCCUUCCAGGCCCGGCCCCAGAGGCUCAUGGCCGCCAUGUACACCUGCGAGAUCAUGGCCACCGCCGAGGUGCUGGGGCGUGUGUACGGGGUGCUGGGGAAGCGUGAGGGCCGGGUGCUCCACGAGGAGAUGAAGGAGGGGACGGACAUGUUCCUGAUCAGCGCGGUGCUGCCCGUGGCCGAGAGCUUCGGCUUCGCUGACGAGAUCCGGAAACGCACCAGUGGGCUCGCCAGUCCCCAGCUGGUCUUCAGCCACUGGGAGGUGAUCGCCAGCGAUCCCUACUGGGUCCCCACCACAGAAGAAGAGUACCUGCACUUUGGGGAGAAGGCGGACUCCGCAAACCAGGCUCUCAAGUACAUGAACGCCGUGCGCAGACGCAAGGGUCUCUACGUGGAGGAGAAGACAGUAGAGCACGCGGAGAAACAGCGCACCCUCGGCAAGAACAAAUAGGGAGCCAGGAAAACAGACUAGUCCACCCACUGCUGACCCGGGGAACCAUCACUGUACCUCCACUCACCCUCAAACCUGUGAUGGACCCUCACCGUAUGCUGACGGCUGAGCUCUGACAUGAACAGCUACUGCAAAUAGUACAACAUGCACUCGACAUUUCCAGGACGUUGACACUUGAUAUCUGUUUCACAUCCGACUGAAGGCAUUGCUUAUUCUCCAAGAAUAAAAAAAAACAACCAAAAAUAUUUUCUGCGUUUGGGAUCCAUGUAUGCACAUUAGAAAUUGUUUGCUUUCAGAGCACUUCCGCCAGCCAGCUGUUUUCAAAUGUAGUUCAGGAAACUGUACAGUGUUUUUUGCGCUCCCAAUACCCAGAAAAGGGCUUUAAUCUUUGCAGAAUCCAUCAAGGGAUUUUUUUGGGCAGCCACAUGAUAGCUUCCACCACUGUCAGCCUGUUGAUCCCCUAAAGCCCUUCCCCUUUGCACCUUCCCACCGACACCCAGCCUACAGACAUCAGAACACAUGGGCUGGUAACAUACACGCUUAUACUCAUGAAUAAUUGAAAAACACUUCCCCAACUUUGGAAACCGAAUCCUGCAGUUUUGUUUUCGUCAAGUGGUGAAAAUUAAUUACAGUUUUCCUUCCUUUGCGUACACGCACACACACACACACACACACACACACACACACACACACACACACACACACACACACACACACACAUACUCUCUCUCUCUCUGUCCUCCCCACCUUGCCUCCACGUUUGUGUUAUGAUUAUACAGCCUAAGAGACACUUUGAUUCGAAAACACACAAAUUGGGCAAGGCUGGGGGAGCCGAGUAGGGUUGGAGUCAGCAGGGAGAGGAGGAGGAGAACUGCUUUGCAUAGCGAUCUGCUGCGCCGCCCCACUGUAAGUUCUGUGAACCCAAUCCCAGCCCCUCUCUCACUUAGUGUUUCGUUCGGAGGAAUAAACAGAACCCAAAAGAGACUCUGUGUGUGUCUGUGUGUCUUCCUGUGUCUCGGUCUGUCUCUGUGCAAGUGUGUAUGUGUUUCAAGUGUUUCUGUCUCUGUGUAACGGUGUGUGUGUUGUGUGUGCGUCAGUGUCUCUGUUUCUGUGUGUGUC